AUGGCUGCCGAAGCCGCAAAGGCUACUCACUCGCAGAGGCAGCAGAUUGUGGACCCAAUGCCACCGAGCUUCAUGGGCAGCGGGAAGACGGCGAUCUGUCAUGGUGAUGUUUGUGAAACCGGAACUAUGGUGGUGACUACAAGCGGAGUCUCUUCGGCACCGCGUCAACUUGCACCUACGCUGUCGCCGCGCUCGGCUGCCACUCCCCUGGCCCCCAGCAGCCUCGACGACUCUCUGGUCUCCCCUCAGCACGAGCUGUCCAGGGACGAAGAGGAAGGGAACCCUUGCCUGUUGAGAGUCUGCUCCAGCACCGCAGGGCGAAGCGAUGACUCUGGCACAGAAAGCGCCGGCGCCGGGUAUCGUUUUCCUCCGUUGUUCGCCUUUUCUUCGUGGAGGACGAGAUGGCCGGCGGUCUGCGGACGCAGGCUUCUGGCCGCGCUGAAGUUCGCCUGGACUACCGCGAUGGUGACGGUGACCUUGCUCUUGGCUUUGUUGGCCGUGGCGAUUUUCUUUUGGGCGCUCUCGCCGGUAUGCACGUCCUGCGUACGAUCUUCGGGCCAGCUACCAUCUUCGGUGGUGCCGGCUGCCGACGAGCAGGGCACCUCCACCCUGUACAUCAACCAGCUCCAAGUGAUCGGGACUCACAACUCUUACCACCGACGAACGUACGUGCCGGCUCUGAGCGAUUACUGGGACUACCACUACCCGUCGCUGACGGCGCAGCUCGACGCCGGGAUACGGCACCUGGAGCUGGACAUCCACUACGAUUGGAAAACCGGCAGGUGGUUCGUGUUUCACCUGUCCAUUUUGGACGCGGUGUCGUCGUGCAACUGCCUGUCGGUGUGCCUGGCGGAGGUCAGGGAGUGGAGCGACACCCACCCGACGCACCACAUCCUCUUCAUCGAGAUAGAGCUCAAGCUCACGGGUGAUUUCCUGCAGCUCUGUGGGGAGAAAACACCGGACGCCGACCACACUGCUUUCCGGGCGAUGCAGGAGACGGUUAUCGACGAGUUUCCCCUCGACAGAAUCCUCACUCCGAGAGAGGUGCGGGGGGACUACGAGACUCUCACCGAGGCUGUCACUGCGACCACGUCAGCCUCGGAGUUGUUCGUCCCUACCACCAUCUCUUCAACUUCCGCCGAAAGCAGCGGGAGCGGCGGCGUUGCGAGGGAGGGGAUGGCGGGGGGAUGGCCCCUGGUGGAUGAGACAAGGGGGAAGGUUCUCUUUAUCGUAGACUACCAGACCACGAACAUUCUGUGCAGGCCCUCUGUCAGAAAGGCGUUACCAAAGGACGAAACCGUGUUUUUCGAGCGCACGCCGCUGACGGAGAUCAGCCAUUCGGACCUCUUGGCGUUCGGGGAGACCAGAAACUCGGGCGUGAUCGAGGGCAUGGUCCGCUCGGGCAUAAUCGUCAGGAAUCGCAUCCCGAAUCACGAUUGGGACUCGAGGAGUGAUUCCGAGGAGGACGGAGAGGAGCCUCGGCUAACGUACAUCGUCGAUACUCCUGCCCAGCUAGUGGUUUAUGACGACCUCAGAGUAGUGCAGCACGGCAACGCCCAACACGAGGAGAAAGACGGCGUUGCCACGCCCCUCCGUUGCAGGUCAAGGUACGAACGAAAGGCCGGUUUCUCCCCCCCUCCUCCUCUGAUGCUGAUUUGCUACCUAUCCCCGGGGAAAUCGUCCGCGAUCGUCGGGCUUUGUAGGGCAAGGCGUAAGGAACAAAGCGGGUGUGUCAAGUAGAUGGUGGUGCACGAAGGAGACGAUGGUGACGGAUGUAGACAAGGGAAGGUGAAGCGGGAAGCCGACGCUCUUUCCGUUUUUCGACGAUAUUUGCCUUCGAAGGCGUGGUGUGUGUCCUCCUCGACGACAUACAAGCAUGUAUUCUCGGAGGGUACGGUGCGGUAAGAACGCCCAUGAUAACUAACACCGCACUCAAAAGUGGGAUAGAUACAUCUGGUAUUUUCAAAGUACCCUUUUUCAUGGCCUGGAAAUCAAACUCAUGAUCUUGUAGAAAUUAUACGCAUUGUUUAGAACAGAAGCGACAACCAAGGUACCACGCGGCUCGAAGCUAACCGCCCCCCCUCCGCCGGCCCGACCUUGCUGCUUCUCCCGUUUUCUUGGGAUUACCUGUCUGCGCGAUGCAACGUCCCACGACGAGGUGCAGGUGUAGCGCCAUCGUGCCGGAAGAGCAGUGCGUCCUGGAGGGCUUCUGCUAGAUCUUGAAGGUUAUAUUACGGCUCUUCCAUGGAUGUAGGCAAAAUUGAGCAACAAUACAACAGUACGUGUAUUUGAAGAAGGGGGGCAUGAUCACUUGGCUCGCCUUCAUCGAUUCCGUUGUCGUACGUUGAGGCACCGACGGACCAGAAGAUACACCUCUCCGUCCUAUUAGAGAGAACUUCAUGUGUGUGUGUUUAUUUUAUUAUUUACCGGGUCGCGCUCUUAAGAUUUCUGGCAAGUCGGGCAGAGUCGGUAUCGGAGUAAGAAAUAGUGGCAUGACGUCAUGCUUACGAAUACCUUCACUCCAUAAAGUCGGUGUUCUGUGUUUGGGUUCUGUAGCGGGGAACGGGGUAUGGGGUAGGGAGGGGAAAGAGGAGGAGAGUAGGUUUGGGUGAUUUCCCAUUGUUGUUGUUGUGGCGCACUCCGUUACAGCAGUAAGAGCCAUUUUAUUCUGAGGCUCUGCCCCAACAUUUUGCAGAGCCCAGUGUUAGCGUCGUUCCCUAUGGAGCAACGACCAAGAGAGGCGGCCGCGGGCAGGUCGUGCGAACUGGGUAGUAGGUUUAGGCCCAAGAAACGCCAGUUACGUAGAGAGCUGCGGCGUGAAGCUCGAAAUCAUGUAGGACUUUGAGAUUUUUUGUCUUGUUUCAUGCUUCGACUACCCCUUUGUCUGAGUCGAUGCCCUUCUUACGUUGGCGUCGGAUGACCUGACAAAACUAGAUUAUUAGUCGUUGUAUUGACCCUGAGCGUGUUUUGUCAUUGUGUUCGAUGGUUCUGACGUGUGAAUACGUCUAUACAUGUAUCUUGCAAUUCCAGUCAAGCGAAGGGGUUGUGUGGAAAGCACACUCGCUACGGGUGCGAGUGUCCUUUGCCAUACCCGCGAGCGUCCUAUUCGUGUGCCGACACAAUUGAGCUAUUUUCCCGUAGAGCCUUGUCUCCGUUGUACUGUAGUCGGGUUAGCGUUGAGAGCUGCCCGCCCCCCACCCGCCCCACCCACCCUCAAUUUCUCUUUGAGUUGGAAAUAGACCGCUUCCGCUCACUCUUCGUCGUCCGUUGUGGUUCACAUGGUUCGUUCGAGAGCCUCCUGU